CCUCUAAAAACAAAAACAGACGGGCUCAGCUGGUAGGCCGAAGCCCAUUACAACAGGCUGAAGUAACAUCAGCUGACAGAGUUGCCACAGAGGGACACCACGGACAGGCAGCAAACCUUGUAAAAGAAGAAAGAUAAAGGAGUUUUAUGGGAAUGGAUGACUGAAUGGAAUCUUGCCCCCAAGAGAUCCAUGGACAAGAAAGCCGAGGCAGAAUUCCUCAGGAAAGAAAACUGCUGAAGCUGUCUGGGUUAGGAGGCAUUUAAAAACCACAGUAAGUGGGAGGAGAAGUUCAUGCUGAAGUGGGAGUGUGUGGAUUUGUUUGCGUUUUUGACAAAGUUUAGACUUCAAACUGAGCCGAACAAAGUUGAAUUAUGGACAAUGAAUAUGCAGUUCUGUCCGAAGACUGCUGUUCAGACACUUGCAAAGUUACAGUCACUGACGGGCGUGAGUGUUUCAUCUGUCGGGAUGGGGAGGCUUCUGAACCCCUCAGGACCUUCUGUGACUGUAAGACUCUUCAGGCCCAUCACAGCUGCCUGCUCACCUGGGUUAGCAAGGGUGUUGGCAGUGAGGAUCAAUUAAGGUGCAGUGUUUGCAGAGCAGAGUACCAGCUGCAGAAGAGGGCCGUGUGGAGAGCCGUGGCGUUGCAGUGGCAGACCUGGCCCAUCCUGCUAUCAGCCGUAGCGUUGCUCGCCCUGGUGCCCUACUCCGUCUACCGCCUGCUGACCACUUUCCCGGACCCCACCCCUCACACGGUCUUCAGGGCAGCCUCCAUCUGCUUCGGCCUGCUCUCCUUCAUCCUCCUCAUCAAGUGUGUGGCUAGUUGCCUGGGCCAGCGUUACCAGCAGGCUCAGCGCUCGGCAUUCAGACUGCUGCCGCGGCCACUGGACGGGGAAGAGGGGGAGCAAGAGAAGAAAAAGAGUGACGCUGCCUGCUCAGCUCCUUGGUGGAGCGGCGUGACAACUGGCGUGGCUCAAGGCUCCCGCACACCAGAGGGCAAACUGGAGGAGGCCCGAGCCAAAGGCCCCGGCUAAGGCCUGAAGCUGUGAGAAGGCAUCGGGAGGGGGGGGGGGGGCAAGUAGAGGUGGCAGGAGAAGUCCAGUGCCAUCGUGGUGGCCACCUCAGAUGAAGAGGAAAUAGCCCAGCAGCAACGCAGUAUGGGGGGUGCGAGUGGGAGGGGUGUGGGGUGCGAGAAAAACAGAUUGAGUCUCAGUGACUCAUUUAGCUUCUGGAUCACACAGACCCAUACUCCUGCUGGCCAUUCUGGCCAUGUGUCAGUGGAACAGACAUGUUGAAAAGAGGGGUGGGGGGGUUGGGUAGUGUGUGUGUGUUGUGGUGUGGGUGUGUGUGUGUGUGUGGUGGAGGGGGGGGUAGGUCAGGGCUUGAAGGUUAAGGGGUAAUAAGGGGUAACACAUGAUGUACCUUUUGAUAAAUUGACCUCUUGUUUUGACAAGUGUUUCCAUGGUGUACACACAAUGCUCAAAUAUUCACCCAAGUUAUAGUCAGUAGUCAAGUUCAAAUGGAAUGCCGGCCAUAAUCAAAGCACACAGUUUGGCCCGAAUCCACUCCACUCCACUAAACUUUUUAUAUUUUCUACUUUUAUAUGCUGAUAUAAUAUGUAAAAUGUAUGUGAUUUUUUUGGUUUGUUUAAUGCAUACAUGUAAUCCAAAGACUUCGUAUUAUGCACUUGUCACUUUUUAUGGAUAGAUCUUGGAUGUAACAUUUCUCUUUGCACAGUAUGUUUUCUGGACUAUAACCGGGUUUCUCUUGCAAUAAGGUUUAUAGUUAUGGAUAUAGGAAUACACUGAUGAAGAGGAGAUAGUAAUUUUGUUUAUAGUAUGUUUACCAUGUGCUGGUCACCACAGAAUUAACUUCAUGUGUCAUUUAUUGCUCCCCAUAGAUAGAAGGGCCCAGGUUCAUAGUUAGGUUUGCAACCAGCAACCCAGCAAGUCCCUUUUCCCCGUAGGGACUUCACAGAAGAGCAGUGAAGUCUGAGCUCACCAGCCCUUAAAUGAGAGCUGCUUAAUUAGCCUGCAUGCUGUUGUUCAGAGCAGCCUGUCCUUACCUGUACAAUUACCCAUUGAAGCCAAAAGGUCGCCAGGCACUCUGCCUGUAUAUCAGCACUGAUGAGGCGGGGGGAACAACUGGAUUAAGAGUUCAAGACAGCGUCGACGUUGAGCUUUGCACAGUGUUGUGAUCCUGUGAAGAUAAUACAUUUGUGCCUGUAUUUAUGACCUGGAGCUUCCCUGAGCUCUGAGUUCAGCCAUUUGCACUGGGUGCAAUUCAACUCCAGUUCAUCCUCUAGAGGUCAACUGCAUCCUGUGUUAAGAAAACGUGCAAGUUUGACUAGUUCACUCUAGUUCACUGGCUAUGGCUUGAUAAACAGAAGACAAUUUGGUCGCUUCAUCUUUCUCUGGAUACUGUUUUGACACAAUACAGAGGUAAACAGGCUAUUGUUUAAAAGACACUCAUUAUACUCGUUAGGGCUUUUUGAAAUGCUAGUAUUUCACUACAACGAGACAAACGUUUGUUGAGGUGGAAGUUCACAAUCCUUCAGUAUGAUGCCAACCCAACUCCAUUUUGAGGUAAUACUAAGAGAGUGCACACUCAAGCUUGUUCCUAGUCUUCGAGGCAUUAGUGACUUCUUUCUUGUAUUCUCGCUAAUUGAAAAGCCUGGAAGGAGAGGUGAUGGCCAACAGCACAACAGUUGUGUUUCCAUUUCGAAAUCAAGCCCUGCUAGGUUGUUAGCGAGAGAGAGAGAGAGAGGGGUGUUUGAAUGGUGAGGUGACUAAUACAAGAGAAGGCCAUUAAAAUGGAGUGGAAUGCACCCUGAAUUAAGUUUGCAAAUGAAAAGCCUGAUGGAAGGAAAUGGAGGUAACAGGUGAAAGAGUCUCCACUCUCAGCGAGGCGCGGCCUCUGAAAGCAUCCCCGCUGUCUGUGUGCGAUGAAAGGAACAAUAAAAGCCCUGAUUUUCUCUCUUAAUCCUCCUGUGACAAGCACUUCUCUGCCUCUCUCUCUCUCUCUCUCAUUCUUUCUUUCCUCCUUUCCGUUUCUCCUUCCCUCGUCUGAAGGCGGUUUACUGUUGGUGCCUGUGUUCUUCUCUCCGCACCGCGCUCCUCGUGUUUGUCUCUGACAGCCAGCUCUGUUUACGCCUCUCAGUUCUCCCACUUAGAUGAGAACUCGCUGCCUUGCUGUUGUUGUCAUGUGUGCUCCAUAACCGCGUUUCCCUCCAUGUAAAACCACGUGGGAACACAAGCCAAAUCUCAGAGCCACACGGUUUCCCUUACAGAGAUGAGAGAGAGAUGAUUUACUUAUCAAAUAAGUAAGACCCUCACAUAGCUAAAGUUGAAAUGCCACAGCAAAACAUCAUUAUCAUGGGCCUCAGCAACAGCAGCAGUGGGGAGACAGGCCCCAGUGUGCCUAAGCUAGUGCCAGAGUGUGUGUGUGUGUGUGUGUGUGUGUGUGUGUGUGUGUGUGUGUGUGUGUGUGUGUGUGUGUGUGAGAGAGAGAGAGUGUGGGAGGGGGGCUUAGCUCACGCACACAGGGCCAGAUGGGCAUGUUCAUGAGUGUGUGAGCGUGGAUUACUCCUCCUGCUGCAGCUGCGGCUCCACAUGGCACAGCCAGACUGCGGGAAGCAGACACUGGGCACAUGGAC